AUGGCUCUCAAAGUUCAUAAUCCAACUACCAACAACCAUCACUUUUACCAUUUGCCACUACACGUUCCUAUGUGUUCAAAUGGCUUGGAAGAGUACAAUUCACCAAACAAAUCGAAAAAGUCAUUGGAUUCCUUGCCGCCAGAGUUGUUAGGCAAAAUCUUUCAGCAUGUCCUUGAUGAUGGAAUCUCUGUUCCCGCUCCGAGACGGUAUGAGGAUAUGAGCAAAGCAUUCGGAUUACGUGGAAGGAAAUGGUAUAUACCCGUUCACAGUUUUGCACAAACAUGUAGAACAUUAAGGCAAAUCUGUUUACCGCUGUUAUGGAAAUCGGUCAAGUUAGAACAAGUAGGGGAUGUGAAGCAUUACGUCAGAUUUUUGGAAACAGUUUCAUCCGCAACGGAAUCGUAUGGCGUUCACGUUCGAACGUUCUCAUUCAAAUGGAUAUGGGAAGAUGAAUACAGCUAUGAUGGCUUAUUCAAAGAGGCUUUGAAGCAGCAAGUGGAAUUGGAAGACCCUUUCAAUCAUGACAAUUACGACUACCAUCCCGUUUUUGAGGAGGCUAGAGAUCUGAUCGACGCAAUCGGCAGGAUUAUUACCCGGAUGCCAAACAUCACUCAUCUGGAUUGGUGCGCAUAUAUAAUGCCACUACCCAAAUCAUUGGCACAGAUUAUCGAACAAGCAUGUCCAAAGUUGCACACCGUCGAAAUCAAGAACGAAUUCGUUCAUCGUGAAGCAUUCACCAGCGUUAUACCCGGUCUUACCAAAAAUCUCAAAACGCUACGAAUUGAAGAUGAGCCAACUGGAUCUCGAUUACCCAACAAUGAAGAUAGCGAUUAUUGGGUACAGUGGGAUGCAAACAAGCCUUUUUGCAUUUCGAUGAAAGAACCUGAUCAAGCAUUAUACGUUCAUGGAAAGAAUUGCGUUCAUUGGGUGGCUUUUCAUUGUCGAAUAGGAGCAGAACACAACUUACAACAAGUUGAAAUACCGUAUGCUGCCGCCUUUACGAUCGAAUUGUUAUACCCUCUCUGGCUUUCUCUUGAACUUACAGCGCCAAACUAUACAGACGCAAUCAAAGGCAGUAAAGGCGAAGAAGGAUUACAGGUACAAGGAUGGGCAAAAGGUUUUGGCUAUGUUCGUAGAGCGAUUCUCUCGCUCAGACGGGGAUUUGAACAAGAAGGAUGGGUGGAAGAAGUCAUGGACAGAUUACGCAAAGAUGAUCGAAUUCAGCGGUAUUGGGCACAAGGCCAAGUGAUAUGGUCAGAUGAUGAAGAAUUGACAAAGAAUAUCAAAGAUCUCAAAAUUGAUGAACCAUGGCAAGAUGAAAAUGAAGCUCAUGUGGAAGAUAAUGUGGGCAGAGUGGCAGCACAUAAAGCUUUAUCCAUCAUUGAAACUUUACGAGAAGAUGAAAAGAUACGAAUGGCCGUUGAGAAAUGGUUUCACAAAGAAAGCAGACAAUAUUUUAUUUGUAGUGACGUGGCUGUAUAA